GUGGAGGGUCUCUUGUCUCUGAUCUAGACACACCACGGCCACCAUCCAUCAGCACCAGCUUGCCACCAACGAACCUAACCUACAAACCACGGUAAUCAGUAAACAGAGACGGUAACCCAACAAGUGUUAUUAUUAUCAGUGAUGAUACAAAUUUUCUAUCCUGAAAUUAUGCGGACAAUUUUUUUAUCCUGUUAUUCUGCGGACAAUUUUUUUAACCUUCUAAAUUAUUGCUCAAAGGAAAAUUUUUUUUUUCCUCUUCAUAAAUUCCUGAUAAUUUUCUAAUGCCAACCUAGUGCUAACGGUUAACGUCUAAAGGUUACCAUGUUCCUGCCAUCACAAUGAUGUUUCCUGUUCUACAUUAUUUGGACGAGGUGAGGAAGCGGGUCACCACGGAGACCUCCUCGAUCCCAACGUGGGUGGACAGCUGAUAAAGGACUUGGCACUCACUCUCUCUCUUGUGGUUCCCUGACUACUCAAACUACCUGGAUUACGGACCUAUGUCUGAUUCUAGCAACUUCUCACCUUAUCUACACAUCUCUAAUUCGUCGCUUCUGCUUCUUUUCAGAACCUGUUCCUGUUUCUUCGUACCCGGAAAAGUAGUAAUUGUGAGAAAUCUACUCCCUUUCAUUUAGAACUCUUUUUAUUUGUAUUUUGUUACAUGAUGUCGCAAAACUCUAGUCCUAGACGUACUCGCUACGGUGGAAAUUUCCACCCUUCGGUUGAAAAUGCUGUUAGUAGAGGAGGCUCUGGUAGAGCGAGGGGUAGAGGAUCUCGUAGACCUAGAGGUAGAGGCAUGAGGGGUAAUUUGAAUCAAAACCUUUCUGACAGUAGAGUUUCACUUCAUUCUGAUCACUCCACUAAUUCAUUUCGUUCUGUACCUGAGGCACCCCCAAGACCGCUAUCACCAAAUGUUUUUGUUAGAAGACCGCCUCACCAAAUGUCACCGUCUCCUGUGAUAGAAGUAAUAACGGCAACCCACCCAGUCUCUAAUCGCUUCCAUACCGACCCUCCCUCUACUAACCAGCAUCUGCGUAAUCGUGAUGAUCUUAAUUCUGGUAUUGUCGUGCGUCCCGCGGAUAAUUAUCUGCAAACUCAGAUUGCAGACCAGCAAAGAAUGAUGCUGCAAAUAACUGAACAGAUGGCUCAGCUCCAGACCACUGUUACCCAGGCUUUUGAAGAAAUUAAGAGCGAAGUUCCCUUAUUGGUUCAAGAACAGCUUGAUAGCAAAAUGUCAGAACCAACAAACCCACCUAAGCCGUUCUCGGGCGCUGCGCUUGAGCAGUCUCCGCACCAAGAAAAUUGUACAACUGUAGCACCAUGUCAUAGCGAUUCCAUUAAAUUUAAAGACCUGCCAAAUUUUAAUGGAACGCUUGAGGGUAUCCAUCCAAAAGAAUUUGUGAGUGAGCUUGAUGCCUACUACAGUUUUUCACGCAAAUCUGACCAAACCAAAUUAUUCGAAGUGGGGAGACUGUUCAGGGGCAGUGCGCGAGAGUGGUUUAAGGUCAACCAAAACCGAAAUAAAUUUACAUCCUUUGAGGAUUUUAAAUCCGAGUUCCUCCAAUUUUUUUGGGGACUUGAAAUUCAGAGUUCUGUAUUUGACACGUUUGUCUCAUCAAAUCAACCUGCCCCGACCUAUGGCAAUUUAUCUAAUUACUUCCUUUCUCGAGUGAGAAACAUGCAGUACCUCGAUGUUCCAGCACCUGAGCCUUAUGUUAUAGCACCUAUUGUAAACCAGCUUCCUUAUGAUGUUUGUUCAGCAAUAAUGCUGGCUAAAGCUAGCACCAUUGAUGACGUGUUGAGAAUUUUACGCGGCUUUGAUCAGCUCGGCUCGCGGCAGAAACCAAGCGGCUCCGCAAGCCAUCAAUCGCCGAAAUUUCAACAGCCCACCGGAAAUAGUAGUACCUUUGCUCAUAAAAAUGUUAAAACUACAGAGUUUAAUGUUGAUAAUGGUUCUCAGUCCUUCCGGUCAGAGCCUUUAAACUAGAUGUGAGCUGUGAUGGCAGUUUGGCAGACAACUCAGCUCCCACAAAUUCUAAUGUUUGCUUUGCCGACCCGGAAAACAUUGGAUCCUGCCAAUAUUUCUAUAUUUAUCAUUUGACUUUCUCCACCGUAAAUUCUCAAAAAUCUACCUUUGCCUUAUUCUGUGCCCCAUUUCAAAUUUCACAACUCCCACCAGAAUUAGUUUCAAAAUUACCAAAAGUGUCACAGCUGCCUUCUGUCACUGCAUCUGGUUUGGGGGCUCUGAUGAGAAGGAUUGAGACCAUGCCUGAACCCCAAGAAUUCCAUUUCAUUAUUAUUUGGCCUUCUGCCUACUGGAUUUUUAAAGAACUGGGUCUUCCUUUGUCUCAAAAUAAGUACGUUGAUGCUCCAAGCCUCUCUGACAAGGCUCUUGCUAGAAUAUUUAAUUCUUUGUUCUCGUCUUACCUACUUAAAUUCGCUGAACUCAAACCUUUAUUUUUGUGCCAAUUUACUCAUGAUGGAACCCUGAAUGUGCCUAACAAUAUCAUAAAUCAAGUCAAUCAAUAUUUAUUUUCCACACUUUGUUUCUCCAAUUUUAUAUUUACAUUGCCUACAUCACUAUGCACUGAGAAACAACAUUUUCACCACAACAGUCUUUUGUGCCCAUACGAUUUUAAAACUGCUGCUGAUGAAUUUAUGUCGUUGCUAGAAGCAAACGAACUUUUAUCCAGCCGUACCCUGCUGUCGCAUACUGUUCUCAAGGACGAGGAUCACUUCCUCCUCUAUGAGGAACCCACCUUUGAUAAACCUAAGAAAGCUACUUCUCCUUUCAUUCAAUGCUUAAUAAACGGGUAUCAAUGUCUUGCCCUUGCAGAUACAGGAAGUGAAAUUACAUUAAUGAGUAAGGUAUUUUUCGACCUAGUAUCAGAAGCAACUGAUGCUGACCUUCCAGUACUUCCUGUUACUAAUUUGUGCAUUAAAGGUGUUACAGGUAUUAAAUCCACAAAAGUAACAAAACAAACUCUCCUUGACAUCAGUAUCGGUGGCAAAGUAUUUCGCUUUCCGGCUCUAAUCAUACCUAAUAUUAAUUCGAACUUCAUCCUAGGCAUUGAUUUUUUUCAAAAAUUUGGUGCAAAAUUGGAUAUGCAGGCUGACUCUCUUGAGCUGCUUGACGGCACCGUGAAAGUACCUUUUGAUAAUUUUAAUAAAAAACGAAUGGAGUCUUCGCCUUGUGAGAUUGUAGGUCCUGCAGUUCAUAACUGCUAUAUCCUGAACAAGAAAGUUGUUAUCAUUGCUGAUAGUCAUGGUAGAGAAUUGUACAACCAUCUCCGAGCAUUGUUGCCAAGCUCAAUCGACCUCCAAAUUUUUGUCAAUCCUGGAGAUCCAUUCAAUACAGUCAUUCACAAUAUAACAUCAAAAAAUCUUCAAUUCAAUGAAGAUGAUACAUUAAUUGUCAUGGCUGGCUCCAAUAAUUUAUCAGAAAGUAAAACAAUAGCAGAAAUAAAAAAUGAGUUUGAUGUAACCCCUCUUACUGCUCUAGAAAAUCCAAUUAUUAUUUGUGAAAUAUUCCAACGUAGAGAUUUUAAGAAUAACCGGGAUAUUUGCUCACCUAUAAAUCUCCAUCUCAGAAAGGAACUUACAAAACAUUCUAAUAUUAAGUUUUUAAAAUCAUCUGACUAUAUCCAUAAGCAGCAUUUUACAAAACGUGGACUGCACCUAAACGAGACAGGAAAACACGUCCUGUCAUAUGAACUCUCUCGACUGAUUCGGGAUACUCAGAUCACUCGAAAACAAGCAAACCAACUCCAGGUAACUGUACGCCGAAUUACUGUCAUUGAUUCUUUUGAGGCCGUACAAAUCGGCAGACACCGGCUCCAGGUUUCUUGAUGCAAGGACGGGAAUCGUUGGUGCAGAGUGUCUGCCAAUUUGCAUGGUCUUGCUUUCUUGGCCAUCUUGGAUCAGGCAAGGUACACAAUUGUCUCAAGGAACGUGUCAUUUUUCCAAAAAUGAAACAAAAAAUCAGAAAUUUUGUCAGAGUCUGUCUCGACUGCCAACAAAGCGGGACCAUGCAAAUUGGCAGACACUCUGUACCAGUGAUUCCCGUCCUUGCAUCGGGAAACUUGGAGCUGGUGUCUGUUGAUUUGUACGGCCCGCUCCCAAAAUCCUUUGGAAAUUUUACCCAUGUUAUGGUAUGCCUUGACAUAUUCUCCAAAUAUGUCAGACUGAUCCCACUACGCAACGCAACUGCUGUUGUUGCCACGCGCCAGUUUAUAACAAAAUUUGUUGAAGUAGAAGGCACACCAGAGAAAGUUAUAAGUGACCAUGGCCCGUGCUUUCGCUCGCACUAUUGGGAUGCAAGACUCAAAGAACUCAACAUUCAACCUGGCCACACCAGUGUUUACCAUCCACAAUCUAACCCAGUCGAGCGAUAUAUGCGAACCUUAGGGGCAUUUAUCCGUAUUUACUGCCAUGAAAGUCACAGAAAUUGGAUCAAAUAUCUGAGCUUCUUUGAGUCUUGUUUCAACUCUAGUGUGAGCGGAAGCACAGGUUUCACGCCGAUUGAGGUGAUGAAAAAUUUGUCCCCUCGAAAUAUCCUAGAACAAUUUGUCCGAUUUCCUCCAUGUGAAAGCACCUUGACCCAAACCGAAAAAUUUCUCAUGGUUCAAGAAAAUUUAACUAAGAGCGCGGAGAGGAGACAACGCGCCAAGGGCAAACCUGAAACCGAUCAUCCUUUCAAAGUUGGUAGUAAAGUUCUGGUAAAAUCGCACCAUCUGUCAAAUGCCUUGUACGGUGAAGUCAAGAAAUUCUUUAGACUCUAUGAAGGCCCCUUUGUAAUCUCGCGGUUGGUCGGAAACAAGGCUUUUGAGUUAACUGACCCGGUAACAAACACCUGUAAAGGUGUAUACAAUCUUGACCACCUCCGCCUUCUCUGCGAAUAAAUCUCAAUCGGCGUCCAUCCUAUAGUAUGGUGUAAACGCAUACUUUAAAAAACUGACAACCAGUCCUUUUUUUUUUUUACUUUUCCGUUGGGGAGGGGGUUGGUUAAAUUUGUUAGCAAUUUGUUACCCCUACCCAACGUGACUAUUUUCUAUGUGUUUAAGUGUUUUUCCUAUUGCCUUAGUACCUAGAUUUAGUUUUAGCUAGUUUCUCAGGACUCUUCAAAUAUUUCCCUUUAAUUUGUCUUCAAAAUUUCACUCUUUGCCAAACCUAAAAAAUCCCGCGAUUACACAGCUGUGCACUCGAUUUUCCCAAGAAGGUGUUGAUUCCUCGUCCUUUAUGUAAUCUUUACAGGGUGAUCACCAUCAAUUCAUUGAUAUCGCAGGAAUCCAUAGUGUAUCCGCAUUUGGGAAUGUGGAACACUGUGCAUCGAACACUCCUUGUAAUCUGCUUUGUUUUUUAUUUUUUAUGACCGAAAAAACAGUGCAACGUUCAGUUGUCACUGUCAGAGUAAGUUAGUAAACAUUUUGGUAAAACAGACCAGCUUCCCGUCUGUAUCUUUUUGUUUUAUUUUUUUUCAAUUUCGGAGUUAAGCACCUGUUUUCCUCAUAUAUGCUGUAGGGACAGCAGCGAGGCUUGUGCAGCCUUGUGCCUGGCCAACACAAGUGUCAAAUAACUCAGUCCCCACUCGCAAACCCAAUUCGGGCCUUUUCCCUGGGAAACUUGAGUGCAUGGCUGUACCUAUUAACUACAACAGUGUGUAAACUACCCUUCUUUGAAAUUUUCUUUAUGUGACCCAUUGCGCCAACGCACACUCCGUCCCAUUAAAAUUGUAUUUUUUCUAUGUCAUUGAAUACUUCGUAUAUUUUGUCAUUUAGUAUUAGUAUUUUUGAUACCAGUCUUUAUUACUGUUACCUCUCUUUGCCUUAUCUGCCAAAGGCCAGAUUUUAAAUUUGUUCAUGUACUUGUUUCUUUUUUACUUGAAUACAGGCCAAAAAACCGAAAAGAUUAUAGGUUUUCGCUGGUCACGUCCCGUCACUCGCUCGUCACAACUUUCCAAAGUUGCCAAAUUUUUUUUUCUUGUCUUGUUUUGUCCAGCAACAAAGUAAUUUUCCCUCUCGUUUCCUAGCGUUCCAGUCUGUCUGUCCUUUUCCGUUGGGGACACAACUGUUCCUGCCUCCAAGUUCCUUGGAAACAUGAGCAGCCGUGGGGUUGUUGUAAUAGGCCAGACAGCGUAUUAAAUCAAAUCUGCCGCCAGUCGGGUUCCGUCCACUCUCCGCUCACCAGAGCAGCGCCUCUGGUGGAGGGGGAGUGGACGACGCCUGAUUGGCCGUACAGUUAGUUAGCCGAAGACCGUUUCCCGAUCUAGAGAACAUGUAAGUUCUUCCCAGUUUUCACCCCUUUUGGGGUGAUUGUUUAGCUUUUCCUUUCUUUCUCGGAUGUGACGGAGUGCGCGGGGGUGGCCGGCGGGCCACUUCGAAACCCUUAAA